GAGUAGCGUGCAGUCUCGAGGCCUGUGCUCGCUCGGGCCCUAGGUAGCAGCGGCGGCGGCAGAAGCUGCAGCAGGCGAAGCCGGGAGACCGGACCGGGCAGGGCAGGGCAGGGCAGGGCAAGGCAGGGCAGGACCGAGAGCGGCGGCACCAUGAGCGGCACCUUAGCCAAGAUCGCCGAGAUCGAAGCCGAGAUGGCUCGGACUCAGAAGAACAAGGCCACGGCGCACCACCUGGGGCUCCUGAAGGCGCGGCUGGCCAAGCUGCGGCGGGAGCUCAUCACCCCCAAGGGCGGAGGGGGCAGCGGCCCGGGAGAAGGGUUCGACGUGGCCAAGACUGGCGACGCCCGCAUUGGGUUUGUGGGGUUUCCGUCCGUGGGGAAGUCGACGCUGCUCAGUAACUUGGCCGGGGUGUACUCUGAAGUGGCCGCCUACGAGUUCACCACUCUGACCACCGUGCCCGGAGUCAUCAGGUACAAGGGUGCCAAGAUCCAGCUCCUGGAUCUCCCCGGGAUCAUCGAAGGUGCCAAAGACGGGAAGGGGAGAGGCCGGCAGGUCAUCGCAGUGGCCCGAACCUGCAACCUGAUUCUGAUCGUCCUGGACGUGCUAAAGCCUCUGGGCCAUAAGAAGAUCAUCGAGAACGAGCUCGAAGGCUUUGGGAUCCGCUUAAACAGCAAGCCCCCCAACAUUGGCUUUAAGAAGAAGGACAAAGGGGGCAUCAACCUCACAGCCACGUGCCCUCAGAGCGAGCUCGAUGCCGAGACGGUGAAGAGCAUCCUGGCGGAAUACAAAAUCCACAACGCCGACGUGACCUUGCGCAGUGACGCCACCGCGGACGACCUCAUUGACGUGGUGGAGGGCAACAGGGUCUACAUCCCCUGCAUCUACGUGCUGAACAAGAUCGACCAGAUCUCCAUCGAGGAGCUCGACAUCAUCUACAAGGUGCCCCACUGCGUGCCCAUCUCUGCCCACCAUCGCUGGAACUUCGACGACCUGCUCGAGCGCAUCUGGGACUACCUGCGGCUCGUGAGAAUCUACACCAAGCCCAAGGGGCAGCUGCCGGACUACACCUCCCCCGUGGUGCUGCCCGACUCCCGGACCACCGUGGAGGACUUCUGCAUGAAGAUCCACAAGAACCUCAUCAAAGAGUUCAAGUACGCCCUGGUCUGGGGUCUGUCUGUGAAGCACAACCCCCAGAAAGUGGGGAAGGACCACACGCUAGAAGAUGAGGAUGUCAUUCAGAUCGUCAAGAAGUGAGGGGGUCGCCGCCCCCGAGCAGAGCCUUGUGCCCCCUCCCCCCGCCCGGGGCCGUCCUGGGCCCCAGCUGCUGCCGAGCAGGGCCCCCCUUCCUCCCCACCGUCACCCGCUGUAUAUUGAACUACAUAAAGAGCCCAGCUGGCUGGCAGGCUGCCGGGA